CGGGGUCGGUCGGUCGGUGGGGGGGCGGAUGUUAAUUCACCGGAUGUAGAUGCAACAGCUCCACCUAACUUGAUUGCAGUUAGUCCCGCCUCCGCUCAGAGCUGAUUGGGCCGUGGAGUGGAAUGCGCCGCCCCGAUUGGCCCCUGGGGCUGCCAAUCGCUACCGGAAGCACCCGAGUUAGUGUUUCAGCAGAGUCCUGGGAAAAAUGAACAAAAACGAGCAGGAUGGGAAGAGACUUGUGGGGGGAACCGCAUGUAUGACAGAGAGCGCUUCUGGGACAGAUCAACGUGACGAACGGCCGCCUGUGAAUAAUGGAGACCAAGGCACUCGAGAGGCUGCAAGGUUGCCCAACAUCAUAAAGAUAAAAUAUGCAACGCUUGAGAUCAACGAUGAUAUGCAGCAGAUAAUCACAGUUAAUACUGAAAGCUGUCCCAUCGUCAAGGACCAAGAUCAGGACCAAACAACCUCUAACUCGGAAGCUGUUGCUGUAUCAUCCAAAGAUUCCGUCUACAACUUCCCAUUCUCCUUCCCCACAAAGUCCAGCGCCCAGCACAAGUACUCAACCACUCUGACGAACAGACAGAGGGGGAACGAGAUCUCAGCUCUCCCCGCAAACCUAGACACUCUCUCCAUUCACCAGCUGGCUGCUCAGGGGGACCUAAAUCAAUUGAUGAAGUACCUUCAGCAAGGGGAUUUCUUGAUCGAUCUGCAGGACGAAUGGGGCUUCACACCCCUGAUGUGGGCAGCGGCAUUUGGAGAGAUCGCGGUGGUGAAGUAUGCACUGGAAAAGGGGGCAGAUCCACACAUCCUGGGGAAAGAAAGGGAGAGCGCUCUGGCACUGGCCAGCGUCAGGGGCUACACGGACAUCAUUGUUCUGCUCCUCGAUCACGGAGUCGACGUAAACAUCUACGACUGGAAUGGAGGAACGCCGUUACUCUACGCUGCUCGGGGAAACCACGUGAAGUGUGUGGAGACUCUGCUGGCUAAAGGUGCAGACCUGACGAUGGAGGCGGAUUCUGGAUACAGCCCUAUGGAUUUAGCCGUUGCUCUGGGUUUCAAAAGAGUCCAACAAGCCAUUGAAAACCAUGUCUUGAAACUGCUUCAGAGUAACCGAGUGAGUGAGGGGGAGCGGGACAAUCGCCCCCAGGCUUCAGCAGAGCCGGGAACUAAAUCUACAGGCAGGCUUUCAGCCUAGACUUCUUACCUGGUCUUCACAGCAGGAAGAUACCUUGAAGCAAAAACCUAAGGAUUACACUGUAAAAAAAGAAACUAACAGAUUUCAACCUUAUAUUGUGAUAUAGCCAAGGACACACCAUUAUCAUUUAGGCAUUUCUGACAAGACAUCCUGAAUGGGAAAUUGAGUAUGGGUAUUGAUCAGUGAAGUGAUUGUAGCAGAUGUAGGAGAUUGUUCUCCUACAUGGAAAUGGCUAAACAUAACUCAUAAGCCGGACACCAAAAGUUUCCAUUUGCCCACUUAUUUAUUCCUGUGUUUACAGUGAAGCAGAAUCCUUUUUCAGUAGAUUUUCCCAAUAGGUUAUUUACCUGCAGUCCUUCGAGUCAGUUCCAUCAAUUUAUUUGAUCACGGCAGAUCUUUUAAUCUCAUUCCCCUGGUUUCUCCUCGUAUCUCUUAAAAGCCUUACUUCCCAAGAAUCCUAUUGCUCGAUCGAAAAUCUUGAUCGAUUCUGCAGCCGUAGAAAUCAUGGGAUUUAACAACACUGAAUCGAUGCGUCUCCCAUUGACUGGUUCGGCAAGUGGCACAAAGGCAACCUCUUGUGUCUAAAGUGCUAUGAACCAGUGAACUUUAUUUCCAGAUCAUCAUUCCUUUGUUGAUCAAAUCAUUAAUUUACACUUCGUCUGCCCUGGAUGUUAUGGGAUCCACUCCCCCUGUUAAUGUAAAGCAAGCCAGAGUUCAUUAUAAUAGCUCCCUCACUUCAAAAUGAAUGUGUGUGCUUGGAGCAGUAUGAGAACUUGCCUGUAUCUAUCACCUUUCAUAUAGGAUGAAUGUCUCAUAUUGUUGGGUGUCACUGAGCAGCAAAGAGGGGGGGAAUUUGUGGGUGUCGAUUAAAGGCACAAUCAGAGAUGUUUUUAAGAGAGUUUUGAAGGCAGACAGGAGCCAACAUGGGUCAGCUUCUUCAAGGCAGCAAAUAUACAACAACUUGCAUUUAUAUAGCGCCUUUCAUGUCAGGAAGACGUUCCCAAGGCCCACCUUAAUCCAAGUACAGCUCAGUGCACGUCUGGGUCAUAAUGUGAAUUGAUUGCAUUCUGAAUUUUCAACAUACUCAAGCCCUUGUUCACAAGUGGUCAUGGAAACAAUGAGGAAGAAAAAUAUUUGACUUUCUGCUUUGAAAAACAUAUAAAAA